AUGAUGACACAUCUUAAAAAAGCAGUUGAGGAGUAUAAUGUAAAAUGCAAAUCAUCUAACACAGCUGCAAUGAAAGUACUUGAGGAUAUAGAAACACUGUUAAUGAAACCAAUACGCCAUCAAUUAGAUGAAUGCAGAGAGAUAAUCUUCAUAGAUGCUUUAGGAAAUAUUGAUAAAUUUAGUUGUAAACCCUUGAUAUAUACUAAUAGUUGUGCAGGAGGUUUAUCUAUAGGAACAAUAAUUUUGAGUAAUGAAUGCGAUUACGGAAGGUUUGGAAUUAUGAAAAAAAUUAUUUUUAUCUGAUGUACUAGCAGGUAGAGGUAUAAAAGGACCAUUAUGUCAGAUGUCUAGGCUAUUGAAAGUGCAUAGAAUAGAGUAUUUUCAGAAUCUACCCUUCCAUUGUGUAUUUUUAUUUUUUGUGCAGGUUACUUGGAGGUAUCAAUGUAUUCAAACCAUAAUGUAUCACUUUUCUAUUGUUAAUUGUUAUACUCAUUAGUUAAGGGUAUGGUCUAUUCAACAAAUAGAGAAAAGUCAGCAAAUAAAUUUGAUAAUGCACUUCAAAAUCAGUUGGUAAAGAAUAUCCUAAAUUUGUAUAUCAUAUUUAAAUAAUUUAUAUCAUAGAAAAGAACAGUGGGCAUUAUGUUUUCAAAAAGGAUUAUUAACUAGAGGUCAAAAUACAAAUAACAUUAGUAAGGCUGGAAUGAAAAUGAUCAAGGGUGUAAUAUUAGAAAGAACUAAAGCAUAUUCUUUAAUUCAAUUAUUCUAUUUUUAUAGUCAAUGA